CUCUGCUCCAACUGAACACAAUUAUUUUCAGGUUCAAUAGAAGACACAUCAGAAUCAUCAUAGAAAUGUCUCUAGGCUCUGUUGUCAUUCUUUACUCACUUUAUUUAAUGUCAGUGGCAGGACAGAAAUUGGACAAUAAGAUGACAUUGAUUAGGAAACGGGGACAGCCUGUCAUCUUCAGCUGCCAAAACAUUGAUCAGAAUUGCAAUUAUGUCUACUGGUACCAGAAGAAGGAGGGAGAACCUUUCAUUCUGAUCCUCCGCAUACAAAGUGGUUACUGCACUGUCUAUUCAGAUUACAACCAUCCUCAAAAAGGUGAAUUCUCAGCCAUGAGACAAAGUAAGAACUGUAAUCUGAAGAUCCAGUCAGUUACAGUGUCCCAUUCUGCCACCUACUUCUGUGCCUGCUGGGACUCGUCAACCCACAAUGACUGUAAAUGUUCUUGUGUCUCUUUAAAAUCAGACAAUCGUGUACAAAAACCAAAAGUGACGGUCUACCAAGUGUCCAAACCUGAGCCGAACAGGAAAACCACCCUGCUAUGUCUGGCUAGAGACAUGUUUCCAGACUUGGUCAAGAUUUCAUGGAAGAUGGUGGAUACAAACGUCCGAACAAUGGAGGUGCCCAAAGCAGAGAUGGAAGAGCUGGUGCAGAGAGAGGAAGGGCGGACGACAAGUAUGAUCAUCAUUGAUAAAGAGAAGACGUACAAGAACAAAUACAUCUGUUCUGUGGAGCAUAAAGGGGGCCCUCAAGAUGUUGACAUACCAACAGAGGAACCAACUGAAGCUCCUCCAACCACCAUGGCUGCACCAACCACUCUGCAUGUUACCUGUGAGGAUCCAACUGAAGCUCCUCCAUCCACAAAGGCUGCACCAACUGCUCUGCAGGCUACAAACGAUUCCUUCCAGUCGACAUGCAGUCUCAACCUGGCCUCUCUGGUUUACACAGUGAUGAUCGUGAAGAGCAUGGUGUACUGCUGUGCACUCUCUCUCCUGCUGCACAACAGGAACCUGGGAAGUAGACCCAGCACCAGUAGACCCAUUCACUGAAAGGAUAUGCUGUAGUGGGCUGAGAACAACAGGGAUUUUACACCCCAUUGUGGUCUCAAUUUGUGUUCCUUUUAUUUUUUUCCUGCUUUAUUUUUUAAAUGCUAAAAUAUUGUGAGCCAUAGAUUUACACUUCAAUAGCUAAUUAUGACAUUAAUUGCAGAACAUUUCAUUUCUAUUUCCAAUUACUUCAACUGCCAAUUAUGACAUUAAUUGCAGAACAUUUAAAUUGAGUAUAUUGUAUUUCCCUCCUUAACAUUUAAAUUAAUAUCACAUUUUACUUUUGAUGAUUGUGGGAGCUACACACUGCAGACACUUGAAUAAAGAUUAACUUAACGUUUUCAGAAAAUUAAGGAUAGGACAUCUUUAAGGUAGAUCCUUAUGGUUAAAAUGUAGAUUGUUUUAUGAAUGUUGCCCUGCAUUAUCUGUCAUAGUGGGAAAUUACACAACUAUAUUUGAUUUACACAAAAUAUUUAACAAAAUAUUAAAUCUAUCAAAAUAUUUUAUGAUUAAAUAUGCAUGCCCAUGAGUUCUAAAUAUGUAUCAUUAUCCAAAAUAAUAUUUAGUAUGUUGUCAUGUGUGUAAUGAAGCGUAGUAUAUAUGUUUUUAAGAAAUUAGAGUACGUUUUUUUAACAUAGUAUUUUGUAUCUUAAUUCAAUUAUUAAAUGAAAUUACAAUUAAUAAUACAAUACAAUACUUUUAUUUUACUUUAAAGAACUAUAUUGUGACUGCUUAUUGAGCAGACAAAAUGCUAAAUGAGUGAAAUCAUUAAUUUGUGCUUUUUUACAUUUAUACAAUGUUUUUUUUUUUUUUUUUACAUUGAUAAGACUUGUUUAAAGAGUGAUAUUUUCCUUGCGUAAGAGGGCCUAUCUAGUGAGCAGUGUUUCUCAAAAGAAGCAUAUCCUUUCACGUAGGGAUGGGUUUAAGAAUCGCUGCCUUCGUGGUUCAACUGUACUGUUUUGUAUGAGGAAACUGUCACCAUAAUAGAAAAUAAAAGUUACUUAAAAACC